AGGGAAGACAUAUAAGUCUUCUUGAAUUGAGUAUUCAGCUUAGUCAUGAUGAAAUUACAACAAUCCUCAAAAGGUCCAUAAAUCAUUGUGAGAAGAUUCAGAUGUUGAAUAAAAUGAAUUGCAACCAGUUAAAAGAGACUGAAACACCAAUGCAGGCUUCUGUCGCAGAGAAUCGAUUCAAAAUUGGUGCUGGUGGUUUUUCUUGUGUCUAUGUUGGUCUCAUGAAGGAUGGAAGUGAAGUUGCUGUUAAGAGAAUUUUGGUACAAAGUGAGGAUGAAACAGUUGAAAACGAAAAGGAAAUCAUGAGUCUCAUUGAAACAAACUCUCCAUUUAUAGUGAAAUAUCGACAUUUUCACCGUGACGAUACCUUCAUGUAUCUUAUUGUUGAUCUUUGCGAAGAAACCUUGAGGGAACUUGUUCAUGCAUGCAGUAUUGGACAUCUGAAAAGGCAAGGUCCACGAAUGAUUAGGGAAAUUCUAUCAGGACUAGAAUUUCUUCAUGGCAAAGGAAUAUUGCACAGAGAUCUAAAACCAUCAAACGUCCUGGUUGAUAUCGAAGGUCGCAUGAAAUUGGCAGAUUUUGGAAUAAGUCGCGUUGUUAAUGAAGAUGAAACGACAGUUGAAACAGAUGCAAAAGGUACUCGUGGAUGGAUGCUACCGUAA